UGGCACGAUAGACUACGACAACCAAAAUACUGUAAAUCCACCACCAUCCAAUAAGGACUCUCAGAGCCCAAGGAUUUGGCAAUCGAGUUUCAAAACAUUUAUACGAAACAAUGAGAUUAACAAAUUUAAAAAGUUUAAUAAAUGAUUUACCAAAAGGUCCUUUGGAUAAAUACAGACAAUUGGCUAGAUUUGAUUGGAAAUUACUUAAAAUAAAUUUAACCGGGGAAAAAGAUUUAGAACUUGAGAAUAAACUCUUCUCAUUUAUAAGGGACAAUUCUGUAUUUAGAAAAAAUUUAUCCAAGUCUUUAACAUUAGAUGAAAGUCAUAGACUUUGUACAGCUCAAAUUAAUGCUUUACUAGACAAUGAUAUUAAUCCAUUUACAUUUGGAAUUACCUUAAAUUUACUUGCUCAAUAUGAUCCGUCAACAAUAGUCAAACUAAGUAUUAUGCAUGGUAUGGUUCCAAAUGUUAUUUUUACUUUAGGUACGAAACGCCAUGAAGAUCUUAUCACAAAAAUCUCCAAUCGGGAAUAUUUAGGCUGUUUUGCUUUAACUGAAAUAGCGCAUGGUUCAAAUGCUAAAGGUAUGAGGACUACUGCAACAUAUGAUGUUAAUAGAAAAACAUUUUGUCUACAUUCAGCAGAUUUUGAAGCUGCAAAAUGUUGGGUUGGUGGUUUAGGUCAAUCUGCAACACAUGCCAUUAUUUUUGCACAAUUAAUUACUCCUGAUGGUGUAAAUCACGGUCUUCAUUCUUUUGUUGUACCUAUACGAGAUCCUAAAACCUAUUUACCAUUCCCUGGUGUAACUGUUGGAGAUUUAGGCGAAAAAAUUGGACUUAACGGAGUUGAUAAUGGUUUUGUUAUGUUUAACAAUUAUCAUAUUCCAUAUACGUACUUGUUAAAUCGAACAGCCGAUGUUACUGAAGAUGGACAAUAUAUAUCACCCAUCAAAGAUAAAAAUAAAAGACUUGGUGCGACAUUUGGUUCAUUGUCAUUAGGACGUAUCAUGAUUACGGGAUUAUGUUCGGGUCUUUUAAAUCUUGCACUAGUUAUAGCAUUACGAUAUUGUGCGGUAAGAAAACAAUUUGGUCCAUCGGAAAAUGAAGAGUGGCCUGUAAUAGAAUAUCAAACACUGCAAGGUAGAUUGUUCCCGCAUUUGGCAUCGGCAUACGCAAUACAAAUUUUUUACAAAAAAUAUGGCACGAAAAUACAAGAAUUUCAAAUAAAGCUUCUAAGUAAGGAAAAUCCCGAUGAAAUUCAUUUCGAAGGUAUGGAAAUACACGCUUUAUCUUCUGUUGUGAAACCAUUGUGUUCGUGGAUUUCACGAGACGCUAUUCAGGAUUGCAGAGAGUCGUGUGGUGGUCAUGGAUAUUUAAAAAUGUCACGUUUAGGAGAUAUACGAGCUGAUCAUGAUGCAAAUUGCACUUAUGAAGGUGAAAAUAAUAUACUCAUUCAACAAUCGAGUAACUGGUUAUUAAAUCAAUGGUCUUGUAUUUUGAAUGGACAAACUAUUUCAUCUCCGCUUGGAACAAUAGAUUUCUUACAAGAUAGUAAAAAUAUCCUAAAACAAAAAUUUAAUUGCAAGACAAUUGAAGAAACGAUGAACCUUGAAAAUUUAUUAUUUUCAUUCAAAUGGUUGGUAUGUUAUUAUUUAAAAAAAACAUAUAAACACGUACAAAGUCUCAAAGAAAACGGGUGUACCGAUUUUAUGGUGCGGAACAAUUCACAAUUAUUUUUUGCGAAAACAUUAUCUCUUGUAUAUGGAGAAUACGUUUUAUUAAAAACUUUUGUCGAAUGCAUAAAAGAAUCAAAGUGGAGAAAGGAAGAAUAUGAGGUACUCAGAAAGUUGUGUUCAUUAUUUGGUUGUACGAUUUUGGAAAAAAGAUUAGUGGAUUUGUAUGCUGGUGGUUAUGCAUCAGUUGAGAGUCACAUGGAUGAUAAAUUACGACAAGGAAUUAUAAUGUUAUGUAAAGAUUUAUUGGUAGAUGCUGUGGCUUUAGUUGAUGUAUUAGCACCACCUGAUUAUAUUAUUAAUUCACCCCUAGGAAUGGCUGAUGGAAAUGUAUAUAAACAUAUCCAAGAGAAGAUUUUUGAAGAUAAGGCGAAUUUAGAACGUCCUAUAUGGUGGGAAGAAAUAAUACGAUCAAAAUUAUGAUAAAAAAACUUUUUGAUAGAAUUCAUUUUCAUACAUUGCCCGGCCAAUUUAUAAAAAAUACCCA